AUGCCGCAAUCCAACAAUCAAGCUCAACAAGCAACACCGCCCACGCCUACCAACAACAGCACACCGCAAACAUUCGACAAAAUUCCCGACGUCGAUCCAAAGACAGGGCUUCAUGAGAAGAGUAAUGCACCGACUCUCAAGAAUCGGGCCGAGUCCGACCUCACAGUUUCGCAUGGAAUUCUAAGACAAUCUUCACCUUCAAACGCAAACAAACCACUCGAAGCCGGAACACAGAAAUGCAACCUUCCACCAGAGAAGGUGUUUUCAAUACAAUUAGGAUCGGAGCUAUUUCGGUUAUCGGGAGCUUCAAUUGCCUCUGACGCACCGUCAUACUUUUCCUCUUUUUUUGAAGAGCAACUUCAACAAACAGAUCAGAAUGGAACCAUUCGCACACUUUAUAUUGACCGGGAUCCGGUGAUCUUUCGCGAGAUUUGUAGGCAUUUGCAAGGAUACCAUGUCCAGCCACGAACCGGCGAAGAAUUCGUGAGACUAUAUCUUGAUGCGCAGUUUUACAGUUUACCCCGACUCAUCGGACAGCUCUUCGAAUCCGACGUCUUCUUCCAAAUCGGCGAACGAGAUUUUAGAGUACCCAAAGACAUCUUCUCGGCACCCGGGGACUCACCGAAUUUCUUCACGCUCGGAUUCAAUAUUCAUUUUUCAGCCCCUCCUUUGAUGCUACCGGGACUAGAGAAAACGGGCCUAUUGCGACCCCCUUCGAUCAUCCCUCCUAGUGUCCCGAAUCGAUCAGCGGAAGUUUUUGCGCAGUUAAUACACAUUCUAAGAGGGUAUCCGGUGGAUAUCAAGAGCGAAAGCCACCGAGCCGAACUCCUUCGCGACUGUCGAUAUCUCCAUCUGCGUGGCGUGGAGCAGAAACUCAUUCCUCAUGAAAUCAGUUACAAUCCUGAACGGGAUUGCAGCGAGAUCGUCAUCCGGCUAGAAGAUAUCCGUCAAUCUGGUGUUCAGUUUGUAGCUGACGGAUCGCUCGUUGACGGAUCUACCUCCUCCGGCUGGGUAUAUUAUGCGCGACCAUUCGUGGACGAUAAGCCAUGCGAAUUGAUAGUUGAAAUCGGAGGCCAAGGCACAGUGAUUGAUCUGGAAUCAAUGCGCGCCGAAUUCCGUGGCCUGACAAAGGCCCGUGUGAGCAGUCUUGUGCAAGUGAUUGCCAACAAACUGAAUCUACCCAACAAAGCGCCACUGGGCUUGAUGAUGAUGAUGGCCGGUGGCGGGUCGAGAAAUACAACCGCUAGUCCAGGCCGUUCACCGCUCAGCGAAGAUCGACCAAAAGUCCAUCUCGGAUCAGAUGCGGAUAUCACGAUUGACGGCGAAUGCUACUACGUCAAACCUGGUGGCUCCACGGGCUUCAACCUGGAGAAAUGCAGCAGCGCUACAACUCCUAGCAACGGGAUAUCUGCUGGACCACCCGUGAAACGGAAACGGGAGGAAGAAAAUGGUCCUAGUGGCAGUCCGCCGCAAGGGCGAUGGAUGGUACAUAAUGGGCAAUGGCGGUUACGGGUUCAACCCGAUGGGUUCAGCAGUCGGCUUGAGAUUAUAUUUACGGCUGUUAAGCUGGAGGUAUUUACGAAUCAGAGAGCGCGGAAUCGGAAGAGAGGAUUUUUAGGAUAG